AUGAAGGGGAUUUACAGAGACGGAUACUACGACGGAUCUAUUGAACUACGGAACGUUUUCAACAGGAGAUGCGUUAAAUGUGGCCGAGGGGACUUAGUUCAAAGCAGAACGAUGAGGAUUAGGACGGGAAUUGUUUUUUGGAAUCUCAUCUUUUCACUGAUGCUCACUUGUGUGAAAGGUUUUAUCCAUACUUGCGGAGGCACUUUAAAAGGAAGGAAUGGAACAAUAGAGAGCCCAGGUUUUCCAUAUGGAUAUCCAAAUGGAGCAAACUGUACCUGGGUUAUUGUUGCUGACGAGGGGAACAGGAUUCAUAUAGUUUUUCAAUCUUUCGCUGUGGAGGAGGAAUAUGACUUUUUAUCUUUGUAUGAUGGGCAUCCACACCCGGCUAACUUCAGGACGAGGUUAACAGGAUUUACCAUCCCUCCGCCUGUUACCAGUUCCGGCUCCAUUUUUUCUCUGAGGCUUACAAGUGAUUUUGCAGUAAGCGCUCAUGGAUUUAAGGUCACUUAUGAAGAACUGAGGAGCAGCUCAUGUGGAAACCCUGGAGUUCCACCCAAAGGCAUCCUGAAUGGGACUCAGUUCAACGUCGGUGACAAGAUUCGCUAUAGAUGUGUCACGGGUUACGUCCUGGAUGGACAUUCACUUCUCACCUGUGUCACCAACGCAGCCGGCGUGUCGGUGUGGGACUUUCCUGUGCCACUCUGCAGAGCGGAGGACACGUGCGGUGGCACCCUGAGGGGCUCCGGCGGCCUCAUCUCCAGCUUCGAUUUCCCCAGCAGUGACUCCCCCGGUGCUGGUGGAGGCGGAGGUGCUGGAGGUCUUGGCAGCAGCGGGGAAUGUAAGUGGACCAUCCUGGCAGAUCCAGGGGACACCAUCUCCCUCGUGUUCACUGAAUUUCAGAUGGAGGAGAAAUCGGAUUAUCUGGAAGUAGAAGGAUCUGAACCGCCAACCAUCUGGCUAACUGGAAUGAAUAUUCCAGCUCCCAUCAUCAGCAACAAAAACUGGCUACGGCUGCAUUUUGUGACGGAGAGCAAUCACCGCCACAAAGGCUUCAGGGCUCAGUAUCAAGUGAAAAGCUCUGGAGAGCUUAAAUCCAGAGGGGUAAAAUUAUUACCAGGAAAGGACAACACUAACAAACUGUCUUUGAUGAAUGAAGGAGGAAUCAAACAAGUGUCUAAUUACUGCCCUGACCCAGGGGAGCCGGAGAAUGGCAAACGGAUUGGUUCUGACUUCAGUAUCGGAGCGAGUGCUCAGUUUACCUGUGAUGAAGACCAUGUGCUGCAGGGUUCCAAAACGAUUACCUGCCAGCGCGUGGCUGAGGUUUUUGCUGCUUGGAGCGACCACAGGCCCGUCUGCAAGGUAAAAACAUGUGGGUCGAAUCUACAGGGACCAUCAGGCACAUUCACGUCUCCUAACUUCCCCAUCCAGUAUGAGAGUAACUCCCAGUGUGUGUGGAUCAUCACUGCCAGCGAUCCAAACAAGGUCAUCCAGAUUAACUUUGAGGAGUUUGACUUAGAGAUUGGGUACGAUUCCCUAACAAUUGGAGAUGGAGGGGAAGUAGGUGACUCUAAAACAAUAAUCCAAGUGCUGACUGGGAGUUUUGUCCCAGACCUGAUUGUUAGCAUGUCCCAUCAGAUGUGGCUUCAUCUCCAGUCUGAUGAGAGUGUGGGCUCGAUCGGCUUCAAGAUCAACUAUAAAGAAAUUGACAAAGAGAGCUGUGGUGACCCUGGUACACCUCUCUAUGGCUACCAAGAGGGCAGUGGCUUUUUAAACGGCGAUGUUCUGCGUUUUGAAUGCCAGUUUGGAUUCGAGCUCAUUGGGGAGAGGAUGAUAACCUGCCAGAACAACAAUCAGUGGUCCGCUAAUAUCCCCAUCUGCAUAUUCCCCUGUUUCUCCAACUUCACGGCGCCCAUGGGGACGGUGUUAUCCCCCGACUACCCAGAAGGCUAUGGGAACAACCUCAACUGUGUAUGGCUGAUCAUUUCAGAGGCAGGCUCCAGAAUCCACCUGGCCUUUAAUGACUUUGACCUGGAGCCUCCCUAUGACUUCCUGACGAUCAAAGAUGGGGACCAGACGGGAGCCACGAUUCUGGGGCGCUUCUCAGGGGCCGAAGUUCCCUCCCACCUGACGUCCAACAGCAACAUACUGCAGCUGGAGUUUCAGGCUGAUCACUCUAUGUCCGGACGAGGUUUCAACAUCACCUACAGCACUUUUGGUCGAAAUGAGUGCCCUGAUCCUGGUAUACCGCUGAAUGCCAGGCGCUUUGGGGACAUUUUCCAGCUGGGGAAUUCCAUCUCAGUGGUUUGUGAGGAAGGUUUUAUCAAGACACAGGGAGCUGACACCAUCACAUGUCACCUGGAGGAAGGCAAGGUCAUGUGGAGUGGACUUAUUCCCAAAUGUGAAGCUCCUUGUGGGGGCCACUACUCAGGGCCGUCUGGUGUCAUCCUCUCCCCGGGGUGGCCAGGCUACUACAAAGACUCUCUGAGUUGUGAGUGGGUCAUUGAGGCUGAGCUGGGACGCUCCAUCAAGAUCAGCUUUGACAGGUUUCAGACAGAGCUCAGCUAUGACUUCUUAGAAGUGCAUGACGGCCCGAACCUGCUUUCACCUCUGAUUGGUUCAUUCAACGGAACCCAGGUCCCUCAGUUCCUCUUUAGCAGCAGUAACUUCCUGUAUCUGCUAUUCACCACUGACAACAGUCGCUCAAACAGUGGCUUCAAGAUCUUCUAUGAAGUUGUAACACUGGACACGUACUCCUGCAUGGAUCCUGGUAUUCCGGUGAAUGGGAUGCGUUUAAGCCAUGACCUGUCUAUCGGCGCCACCGUGUCCUUCCAGUGUGAUCCUGGGUAUAGGUUAAGCCACGACGAGCCACUGGUUUGUGAGAAGAACCACUUCUGGAGCCAUCCACUGCCCACUUGUGACGCAUCAUGCGGUGGGGAUAUCAGAGGACCUGGAGGAAUCAUUUUAUCGCCUGGUUACCCAGAGUUGUAUCCCAACUCCUUAAACUGCACCUGGACUGUAGAAGUCAGUCACGGAAAAGGUGUCCAAUUCACUUUUCACUCCUUCCACUUGGAGGAUCACCAUGACUACCUUCUAAUAACAGAAAAUGGCAGCUUUGCUCAGCCAUUGGCUCGACUCACCGGGUCCGAGAGGCCUGCGCCGGUAAAUGCCGGCCUGUAUGGAAACUUCAAAGCCCAGCUACGCUUCAUUUCUGACUUUUCAAUAUCGCUGCAGGGAUUCAACAUCUCUUUCUCAGAAUAUGAUCUUGAACCAUGCCAGGAUCCUGGAACACCGCAAUUUGGCUGGCACACGGGAUUCAAGUUUGGAAUUGGUGAUUCGCUGGCGUUCUAUUGCAACACCGGCUAUCGACUGCAGGGGGCAAAGGAAAUUGUGUGCUUGGGAGGUGGCCGCCGCAUGUGGAGCGCCCCUCUGCCAAGGUGUGUGGCGGAGUGUGGAUCAACAGUCUCCAACAAUGACGGCAUUCUUUUGUCCCCAAACUACCCAAUGAACUAUGACAACAACCAUGAAUGUGUCUACAGCAUCCAGGUUCAAACAGGCAAAGGCAUCAACAUCACCGCCACCACCUUCCACCUGGCACAGGGUGACAUCCUUAAGGUGUAUGAUGGGAAAGACGGAGCAGCUCCUCUCCUCAGCACCUACACAGGCACCUUAAUGCAAGGUCUAUCGCUUACCAGCACCUCCAACUAUCUUUGGCUCGAAUUCUACUCUGACCAGGAGGCGACUGCAGCUGGGUUCCGGCUCAUAUACCAUAGUUUUGAGCUGUCCCACUGUGAUGACCCAGGUGUGCCUCAGUUUGGCUUCAAGGUCAGUGACCAGGGUCACUUUGCUGGAAGUGCCAUUACAUUUGGCUGCGACCAGGGUUACACUCUGCACGGCAGCGGCAUACUCAAGUGCAUGACUGGGGAAAGAAGGGCAUGGGACAACCACCUGCCGUCUUGUAUAGCGGAAUGUGGUGGGAGCUUCAAGGGGGAGUCUACAGGGCGGAUCCUCUCUCCUGGAUAUCCAUUCCCAUACGACAACAACCUAAGGUGCACCUGGACAAUAGAAGUCAAUUCGGGGAACAUUGUCAGCCUCCAGUUUCUUGCCUUUGACACAGAGGCAUCCCAUGAUAUCCUCAAAGUGUGGGAUGGGCCACCUGAGAAUGAGAUGUCUCUGAAGGAGGUUAGCGGAUCACUGCUGCCCGAGGGAAUCCACUCCACCCUCAAUGUAGUCACCAUUCAGUUUGAGACUGACUUUUAUAUCACAAAGUCUGGCUUUGCCAUCGACUUCUCAAGUUCUCUUGCCACAGCCUGCAGAGAUCCAGGUAUUCCCAUGAAUGGCAGCCGCAACGGCGAAGGGCGGGAGCCCGGUGACUCCGUGACCUUCUCUUGUGAUCCGGGAUAUGAAUUGCAGGGGGAGAGCAGAAUCACCUGCAUCCAAGUGGAAAAUAGAUACUACUGGCAGCCCAGCCCUCCAAGCUGCAUUGCUCCGUGUGGUGGGAAUGUGACCGGAUCUUCAGGAUUCAUCCUCUCUCCCAACUAUCCACACCCCUACCCCCACAGCAAGGACUGUGACUGGCUCAUUGCUGUCCACUCUGACUAUGUUAUUUCCUUGGCUUUUAUCAGCUUCAGUAUUGAGCCCAACUAUGAUUUCUUGUAUAUCUACGAUGGACCAGACAGCAGCGCUCAUCUGAUUGGCAGUUUCCAAGACAGUAAACUUCCUGAGAAGAUUGAGAGCACUUCUAACUUCAUGUACUUGGCAUUUCGUAGCGACGGCUCUGUGAGCUACACCGGCUUUCAUUUGGAAUACAAAGCAAAACUGCGGGAGGCGUGUUUUGAUCCAGGGAACGUGAUGAAUGGCACUAGAAUGGGUAGCGACUACAAGCUGGGAUCUAUGGUGACAUUUCAUUGUGAGGCUGGCUACCUGCUGCAGGGCUAUUCCACUCUGACAUGUGUCAUGGGCAACAGCAAGAGACCAGAGUGGGACAGAGCGAAACCAAGCUGUCAAGCUCCAUGUGGAGGUCACUUCACAGGUUCAGAGGGAACUGUGCUGUCCCCAAAUUACCCACAUAAUUACACCAGAGGCCAGAGCUGUGUCUAUGACAUUUUCGUCCCUGGAGACUUUGUGCUUUUUGGUCAGUUCGUGGUUUUCCAGACACUGGCAACUGAUGUGGUCGAGAUCUAUGAUGGAUCCUCCAUAGAUUCUGCACUUCUGUCCUCCAUCUAUGGCUCACACUCAGGCGAGACUCUGCCUUUGAGUUCGGGAAAUAAAAUCACACUGAAAUUUACCACAAAUGGCACAGACACAGCCAAAGGAUUUCAUUUUGUUUACCAAGCUGUUCCCAGGACAAGUGCGACACAGUGUAGCUCUGUCCCUGAGCCUCGGUUUGGGAAGCGAAUAGGGAACGAUUUUGGCAUCGGUAUGGCGGUACUGUUUGAAUGCAAUCCAGGCUACACGCUGCACGGCUCCAACGCCAUCAGGUGUGAGGCCGUGCCCAAUGCCCUGGCCCAGUGGAACGGCACUGUGCCCACGUGUGUUGUUCCCUGUGGUGGGGUGUUAACCGGUCGCAGAGGUACUAUCCUCUCUCCUGGAUACCCAGAGCCAUAUGCCAACUAUCUGAACUGUGCCUGGAAAAUCUCUGUUCCCGAGGGUGCCGGCAUCCAGAUUCAAGUUGUGACCUUCGCCACAGAACACAACUGGGAUUCCCUGGAUUUCUUUGACGGGGUUGAUGGCAAUGCUCCAAGGCUUGGGAGCUACUCAGGUACAACUAUUCCCCAACUGCUGAACAGUACAUCCAACAACCUGUACCUGACCUUUCAGUCUGACAUCAGCGUAUCAGCCGCUGGCUUCCACUUGGAGUACACAGCAAUAGGUUUGGAUUCGUGCCCAGAGCCGCUGCCCCCCAGUAAUGGGCAAAAAGUGGGUGACCGCUACACCGUGGGCGACAUGGUGUCCUUCCAGUGCAGUCAAGGCUUCACAUUACAGGGUAAUGCAUUUAUUACUUGCAUGCCUGGGCCUGUCAGAAGGUGGAAUUACCCCGUGCCUCUAUGUUUAGCUCAGUGCGGUGGCUCUAUGACAGAUUUCAGCGGCGUCAUCCUCAGCCCCGGCUUUCCAGGGAAUUACCAGAGCAGCCUGGACUGCAGCUGGAGAGUUCAACUCCCUAUCGGCUUUGGAAUCCAUCUGCAGUUCCUGAACUUCUCCACAGAGCCUGUUCAUGAUUACCUCGAGGUGCGCAGCGGGAGCUUGGAGACGGGAACAGUGAUUGAUCGGUUCAGUGGCUUGGUGGUGCCCAACUCUCUCUUUAGCACCACCCACGAGACCACUCUCUUUUUCCACAGCGACUACUCUCAGAACAAGCCCGGUUUCCACAUUAUCUACCAGGCGUACGAGCUACAGAGGUGUCCAGACCCGCGGCCAUUUCGGAAUGGCGUUGUGAUCGGCCAGGAGUACAGUGUGGGCAUGACUAUCUCCUUUGAAUGUCUUCCUGGAUACACUCUGUUGGGAGAGCCUUCUCUUACAUGCCUUCAUGGAAUUAGCAGAAACUGGAAUCACCCCAUACCCCGCUGUGAAGCUCUCUGUGGUGGAAAUAUAACAUCCAUGAAUGGUACAAUUUACUCUCCUGGACACCCAGCUGAGUAUCCACACUUCCAGGACUGCAUGUGGACUGUCAGAGUUCCCCCCGGCUAUGGCAUCUACAUCAAUUUCUCGGUUAUCAAUACUGAACCAAUCUAUGACUACAUCACUGUGUGGGACGGACCUGAUCAGGCCUCGCCUCAGAUCGGUCAGUUCAGUGGAAACUCUGUUCAGGAGGGUGUCUCCACCACCGCUAAUCAGAUACUCAUCAAGUUUCACAGCGACUUCAGCACCAGUGGCUUCUUUGUUCUUCACUACUACGCGUACCAGCUAAGAACGUGUCAACCACCUCCUCCGGUCGCCAAUGCCACCAUCCUAACCGAUGAUGACGAGUUUGAAAUAGGGGACAUUAUUCGCUACACGUGCCAGCCGGGCUUCACCUUGGUGGGCAGUGAGAUUUUGACCUGUCGACUUGGAGAAAGGCUGCAGAUGGAUGGACCCCCACCAGUCUGUCAAGUUCAAUGUCCUGCCCAUGAGGUGCGUUUUGAUUCGACGGGGGUAAUCCUGAGUCCGGGCUACCCUGAAAACUACCCCAACCUUCAGAUGUGCUCCUGGCUGAUCAAUGUGGAGAAGGGCUACAACAUUACUCUGCACUUUGAACUCUUCCAGACAGAAAAAGAGUUUGACAUCUUGGAAAUAUUUGACGGUCCCAAUAUUUACAGCCAGAAUUUAGCAUCACUCAGUGGCGACAUUGAAACACCCUUCAGCCUGACCACAACAGGCCACCAGCUUCUGCUACGCUGGUCCUCUGAUCAUGGCACCAACCGACAUGGUUUCCACAUCAGAUACGUGGGUGAGUAUCAAACCAUGUACUGCAGUACCCCUGACUCCCCACAACAUGGCUUUGUGGUGAGCCAGACUGGAGGUCAUCUGAACAGCAUGGUGCGUUGGGCCUGCGACAGGGGGUACAAGCUGAUCGGAAAGGGCGCAGCUGUGUGUAAGAAGACCCCCUUUGGAUAUUACACCUGGGACGCCCCUGUUCCUGCAUGUCAAGCUGUGUCAUGCGGUGUGCCCAGUGCGCCAGUGAACGGAGGUGUGCUCGCUGCUGAUUAUUCUGUCGGCACACGGGUGACCUACUUCUGCAACAGUGGCUACCGGCUCUCCUCCAAAGAGCUGACGACCACAGUCUGCCAGCCAGACGGCACCUGGAGCAACCACAACAAGAUACCCCGCUGCAUUGUCAUGACAUGCCCCAGUCUCAGCUCCUUCUCGCUUGACCACGGAAAAUGGAGGAUAGUCAAUGGCUCACACUAUGAAUAUGGGACCAAAAUCAUCUUCACCUGCAACCCUGGAUACUACCGCGUUGGCCCUGCCCACAUCCAGUGCUUGGCCAAUGGGGUGUGGAGCUGGAGAAACGAGAGGCCACGAUGUAAAAUCAUAUCCUGUGGCGACCUGCCUACUCCUCCUAAUGGAAAGAAAAUUGGGAUCCAGACUACCUUUGGCGCAUCAGCCAUUUUCAGCUGUAACCUUGGCUAUGUUUUAACUGGAUCUACAGUUCGAGAGUGUCUCCUGUCCGGCCUCUGGAGUGGAAUGGAGACUCAAUGCCUGGCUGGUCACUGUGGCAUCCCAGAGCAGAUCGUGAAUGGGCAAGUGAUUGGAGAAAACUUCGGUUACAGAGACACAGUGGUUUACCAAUGCAACCCAGGAUUCAGGCUCAUCGGCUCCUCAGUACGGAUCUGCCAGCAAGACCACAGCUGGUCCGGACAGCUCCCAGUUUGCAUCUCCAUCACAUGCGGUCACCCUGGAAGCCCCAUAUACGGCCGCACCACCGGCGACGGCUUCAACUACAAUGAUGUGGUGCGUUUCUCCUGCAACAAAGGUUACACUCUGGAGGGCCCGUCCACAGCUCAGUGCCAGGCCAGUCGCCAGUGGAGCCAGCAGCCACCAACAUGCAGAGUGGUGAACUGCACAGAUCCAGGUAUCCCUGCCAAUUCUAUCCGGGAGAGUAAGAUCGAGCAUGGGAACUUCACAUUUGGCAGCGUGGUCUUCUACGACUGUAACCCUGGAUAUUACCUGUUUGGAUCAUCGGUGCUAACCUGCCAACCCGCGGGACACUGGGACAAACCUUUACCAGAAUGCAUCGAGGUGGACUGCGGCCACCCAGGUACGCCGCCUUACGCUGUGAUGACUGGGGAGAAGUUUACCUUUGGCUCCACAGUGCGAUACACAUGCACUGGAGACCGCCAGCUCAUUGGGGACUCAUCACUCACCUGUCAACUCAACGGACACUGGAGCGGCCCCCUGCCCCACUGUUCAGGUGACACAGCGGGCACCUGUGGGGAUCCUGGCAUACCCGCCCACGCCACCAGGGAGGCAGGAAACUUUAAAGUUCGCAGCAAGGUGCGUUUUACCUGCACAGUGGGACACACUCUGUACGGCUCGGCAGAGAGGAUCUGCUUCCCCAACGGGACCUGGUCGGGUCGACAGCCCUUCUGCAAACCGGUGCAGUGUGGGAAUCCAGGUACACCUGCUCAUGGGCGUAUUUCCCGUGUGGAUGGCACAACCUUCUCCCACUCUAUUGUGUACUCUUGUAUGGAGGGCUAUUUCCUCACCGGUUCACCCACUCGCCAAUGCCUCGCAAACGGCACAUGGUCUGGCACGGCUCCAAACUGCACAUUGAUCACCUGUGGAGACCCUGGUAUACCAGCAAACGGACUCCGAUUUGGUGAUGAUAUCACGGUGAACCAGAAUGUGACAUUUAUGUGCCAGCCGGGAUAUGUGAUGGUAGGAGGGGACACCACCAUGGCAAGAACCUGCACCAGCAACGGCACCUGGAGCGGCACCAUGCCAGCAUGCCAAGUGGUCACAUGUCCGACACCCCCACCCAUCCCCAAUGGCCUCCUGGAGGGCUCCGUCCUGGAGUGGGGUACCAGUGUGAGCUACAGCUGUCUUCCAGGCUACGAGCUCUCCUUCCCCGCUGUGCUCACCUGCACAGGAAAUGGGACGUGGACCGGAGAUCUGCCACAGUGCUUGCCCAAGUUCUGUGGAGACCCUGGUAUGCCUGCCAAAGGACGGAGAGAAGGACGCAGUUUCAUCUUCAAAUCCGAGGUGACGUUCAGCUGUAAUCCGCCCCACAUCCUGGUGGGAUCAACAACACGCAUCUGCCAGGAUGACGGCGCGUGGAGUGGAUCUCAGCCUCGAUGCAUAGAGCCCACAAGAACCACCUGUGAAAAUCCAGGGACACCUGAGCACGGCUUCAUGAAUUACACAACAGGCUUUAAGGUGGGCAGCAGAAUAGACUUCCAGUGCCAACAGGGACACCUACUGCAGGGUUCCACAACUCGGCUCUGUUUGCAAGAUCUCACCUGGACCGGUAUCCAGCCCACCUGUAUCCCUCACUCCUGCAAGCAACCACGGAGCCCGGCCAAUGCUGACGUCGUGGGUCUAGACCUGCCCUCCUACGGUUACACUCUGGUGUACACCUGUCAGCCAGGUUAUUUCCUCUCAGGGGGUUCAGAGCACCGUGUCUGCCGCUCCGACGGCAGCUGGACUGGCAAGGUGCCUGUCUGCAGAGCUGGUUCCAAAUCACACGAGAAACCUGUCAAAGUCAUACCAGGAACACCAAGCCCCAAAAUAAAUGUCCCCGACGACGUCUUUGCUCCUGAUUUUGUCUGGAAGGGCUCCUAUGAUUACAAGGGCCAGAAACAGCCCAUGACUUUGACAGUCACUAGCUUUAAUGCUACAACGGGAAAAGUCAAUGUAACUUUAACUGACAGUAGCAUGGAGUUUCUGCUCUCUGGAGUGUACAAGCGCCAGGAGGCACGUUUAAUGCUCUUGCUGUACCAAAUGAGAGCACUGGCCCACAGCUCCUUGAGCAGGAUUACAGAUGAGACCUGGGCAAUGGACGGAUUUGUUUCGGCUGAACCAGAGGGAGGCAGCUAUGUUUUCCAAGGCUUUAUACAGGGUAAAGACUAUGGACAAUUCGGUCUCCAAAGACUGGGUAUGAGUGUGCGAGAGAAUGUGACACUCACCGACCCCGAAAGCAACGGUUCCACCAACAGCAGUUCUGUUGCCGUUGCAAUCCUUGUGCCUUUCUUUGCUCUCAUCUUUGCAGGCCUUGGUUUUUAUCUCUACAAGCAGCGGAAAACCGAUAAAGCGCAGUACACAGGAUGCUCUGUCCAUGAGAACAACAACGGUCAGGCCACUUUUGAGAACCCCAUGUACAACACAACCACAAAAGCUGCAGAGGGGAAAGUCGUCCGCUUUGACCCUAAUCUCAACACCAUCUGCACCAUGGUCUGAUGUACGCUGAAUAGAACAGAGACAAGCUAAGAGAUGCAGAAUACAACUUCUACAUGUUCACUCAAUAUGACGACAUAUAGAUAUUUAUAUUUUCCCUGUUUCUGAAGACUUGAUGAAAAGACACAAUUUCUCAGAAACAUAAAGCACACUUUCAGAAACACUUGAGGCAGUUGCAAUCGAUCGUUUCCAGAAAGUAAAAGAUUAAAGAGAGAGGAAGGGGAGGCUCAGACCUUUCCAGAUCUUCUCGUGGUUUGGAGAAGAGAAGUGUUCUUUACACUCUGUGAGUGUUGGCUUUAGAAAUAAAAGAGCCUCUGGCAUAUAGAUAAAAUAGAGUAUUUUAUGCUCUCUAGUAAAAAAAAAUACUAUGGGGUUUCUUCACAAAGCCAGAUAAAAAAUUUCUGUCCAAGAAAUCAGCCCAAAACUAGACCUUUUUUGUCUUACUCUUACAUUCAUACUAAUGAGUUAUUUUCUCAGAUGGAGGUGAGGAGCCUCUCAACUGUGAGUUGAUCAAUGUAAUCUUUAGAGUCUAUUUUCCAAGCAGUGGGGUGUGUGAGAGCAGAUGAGGAAGUAAAAAAGAAGCCGCCUUUCUGAACAGCGUCGGCGCUGCAGUCUGUUCAAAGUUAUAUGGUCAAUUAUACCUCUUAAUUGGAUGUUACCUCCUACUGACGAAAUAUAUGGCCAGGGAUUUAAUUACUGAAGUGCAGUACAAUUUUUCGAGUGCCACUGGGAACGCUGGGGAUUUUAUUGUUACGGUGCAGGUACUCUGACAACAAUAUAGUAUAUUUUCUUCAUGAGAGCUAUGGUUACCAUUAAAGUUUAUUAUGAAGUUGUGUGCAAUGAUCUUUUUUUGACACAAAUAUUAUUGUAUUUAAAUAUAAGAGUUUAAACUGCUGACUGGGCUGAGAGUCUGGUCAAGGCACACUGUACUGUACAUUAACAUAUUGCCCAUGUGGGGCUGUACUUAAAUCAUCCAUCUAUUUAAUUCUCCAUGCAUUACUGAAAUAGUCUCUGUUAUUUAUUUUUAGCUACUUUCUUUAAAAUUCUAAUAGCCCUUUAUCCCAGUGCCCCAGAUGAGCCAAAUUUAGAGAGAAUUAACCCCAGCCUUGAGCCGGCAUAUGUCAAGUGUCUCAAAGUGGGUGUUCCGUGUUUCUUUAUUUCAGGUUUUAUUAGAUGGAAAGGUUGGAAAACAGUACAUAAAGCUGGCCAGGUUUCCCAGAAGUUUAUUUAACCCUGGCUGUUUGUAAAUCAGAGUGCAAGGUUGGUUAAAGGCGAUGAGGAGUCUGAGGUUAGAUUGGUUCUGUAGAUUUGUGUUCUUAGUUCAACGUGAAUUAGCCUUACUAAAGAGCAAUUCUGAGGGGGUACGUGUAAGUUCCAAAUCAUCCGUGGUUCGACGCGAAGGCCACGGCAUGUGUUGCUCUCUAAUUCUUUUGGGAAACCGUGCCUUAGUGAAUAAAAUCUUGAUCAGCACUCCUACACUGAGACACUUGAUAAAUAUGCGACCUUGGCCUAUAUUUUACUGAAUCCCACUGAUACAAACGGUGAUUUCAAUGUCUUACUUUGUGAACCAUCAGCUUCUGCCAACAAAUGUACAGAAUACAUGAAACAAUUUGCACACAUACAUUUUCCACCACAAGUAUUGUACUCCCAUGUUGGUCCAUCUGUUUUAAAAACGAAAAAUGAAUUUGACACUAUCAUCCCAUUUCUACAUCAUUGCAGUGCCUUGAAUACUGUAUGGGCAUAUGUUUUUACUGCAUUAGUAAGCCAGUACAUCAUUGUAAUUUAUCUGCACAGUUUGCAAUGAUUUAGCUGAGUGAAAUGAGCUCUGGCGGUUUAUUUACGAAGAGGAGAGUCUGAAAUGCAGCUCAUAGUUUCAUACUUGUGCAUGUUGGCAAAAAGUGAACCAGUAUAGCAACUGCUGCUAUAGUACUUUGUACCACAACGUUGAUUCCUGUCAUUGCUGUUACAUUUUGUACAUUUAUACAGUUUUGAUACUUUAUGGCAUUCUUUGGAAAGAUGUCUUGUGUUAUCUAUAUGUAAUAUAUUUUGCAAGUUCAUAUUUCUUAUGGAUGUGAAAAAAAUGCAUCUGGCAAAAAAAACAAAAACAAAAACAAACAA